AUGCUUGUGGAAGAGAAAGCCAAUACGCAAGUGAGCAUAGUGGUAUUUGAAGCCCAUAAUCAUAUGGACAGCAAAGCUGUGGAGCUGGUUUUGAUUAUGAUAAGUUCAAGGGCAGAAUACUUGAUUCUGGAUUCACUCCAUGGCAUCGCUGAUACGUAUGGCGGUUACACCGCGGAAUAUCACAACGCGCUCGGAUUCUUUGUUUUAACACCAAGCAGCAUCAAAACCAUGUUCUGGCUGAAUAAGCAUCGCCCUAAUGAGAGCCAACUGAACAAUAACAACGCAACGGCGAAUGAUUCUACUGCCGCGAAAGAGUCGUCCAAAGGUGCGCCCGUGCGAUCGGUAAAGGCAAAUUGGGUUAUGUAUCAGUUUGCCCAUGGAGGCGCCGGGAGCGCCUCAGUUAUCCAUAACCUGAGCGAGGAAGACGGAUCCAGUGUAGGAUUAACAGCAGAGCAGUGGGAGACAGAGGCUCUAUCAAUCCGAACCAGCUUUGAGAAGACUGUGGGCGAUAAAGGAUCAAAUUUCGCCAAGGGAUAUCAGCAACAAAAGCGCAGAGUCAAAACGAAAGAUGCAAUGGCCCAAAUCACAGGCCAACUCCUGACCAGCAUCAUCGCAGCCCUCAAAAAAAUGGCGGGCUUCGUCCUAGAUGGAGGAGCCAAGCUUGCGACCAAAUUCAAGGAAGUUAUAAACAAAACUAUUACAAUUCCGGUGAUUACUGCUGUUUAUAAACAGUUUAUCUCUGGAGGCCAUGAUCUCACCGUCCUCGACGCCAUUUCCUUUCUGGUGGCCAUUCCCACUACAAUUAUUUGGAAGCUGAUCAAGAACAACGGGACAUCCCCUCCAAUGUUCAAACCCGGUGACUUUAAGAAGCUUCUAGGCGGGUUGAAGAAGCCAACCACUAUGCAAGAGAUGCCAGUGCAGGAGAUGACAGACAAACCUAAUCUGCUCCCUUAUAACGAGUUCGCAAACAUUGUCAACGUCGUGGCCGGGGCGUUCGGAUUUGAAGACCUAUAG